AUGAUUAGAGAGGUCAGAGAAAUACCCCAAACAACAAAUGAUUACUGGGGCUUUUGCAGGUUUGGAUUUGGGUUCUGUAGCAUCCUUAAUGAUUACAAGAUAGUGAAAUUUUAUAAUCAAGAGUUGCGUAAGAAGAAGGAAAUAGAUCAAGACUAUGAUGUUGCCAAACAAGGGCAUGAUGGAGUUGAAAUGUAUUCACUAAGCACAGAUUCAUGGAAGGAACUAGGAUUUGGAGCUUUACAAAAUAUAGAAGUUACAUUUACAACUGCUAGUACUGAUGGAAUGAUGGUUUGGGUGGGAGAAAGGGAUUCUUUUCCUGUGCUAGUUUCCUUCGACAUGGUGACUGAAGUGUUCACAAUAACCCCAAUACUGUCUGUGGAUGGCGGUCUUCCAACCAAUCUUGGUGCGUACCAGGGCAAAUUUGCUAUAUUUUUUCGUAGCUAUGGAUAUAAUUCUACGGAUAUAAUGGUGAUGGAGCAGGUUGCUAGUGAAUCUGGGAGGAGUUUGAGUUGUACUGAAGAAUAUAGCAUUGACACAUUUUCACAUGCUCCAGAUCCUGUAUGUAUUUGGGGGAAUGAAGUAGUUUUCUUAGGCAUUGAAAGUGAGACUGAUGAGUCGGAGGGUAUACCAGGGUACUUUCUUAAUCUGUUCAAUCUCACUACUAAGAAAUGGAAGGAGUUCCGCAACUUUUCAUCUAACCAUGACUGCAGUGCUGGUUUCACUUAUGAAAGGAGCCUUGUAUCUGUUUGGAACACCCAGGUUGAAUAG